AUGCUCGCUACACGUGUCGCUCCCAGCGCCGUUUUCCUGCGAGGGGCAGCCGUGAAGUCCUCCGCUCGCCCCGUGCGCGUUGCCGGUCGCGGACCAGUCACCACCCAGGCAUUUUUCGGUGGCUUCGGCGGCGGCGUCCCCAAGGCGAACGGUCAGCCCAUGAUUUGCAUCGACUGCGGCUACAUCUAUCGUGGAGACUUCGACGCACUCCCCAGGGACUACAAGUGCCCCCAGUGCAAUGUUGGGAAGAACCGCUUCAAGGUGGUGGAGCAGGCGGGAUCCUCGUACGCCAACCUCGCCGCGCAGAAGAAGGCGAACAAGGCUGCCGCUGCCAAAGCCAAGAAGGGCAAGGGCCCCAGCCCCCGCGAGUUGGCCAAGCAGAAGUUGCUCGAGGCUCAGGAAGAGAAGGACAGGAAGAAGGGCGGUGGAUUCUUCGGCCGUUGAUAA